AAGAGCGGGAAGAUGGAACCAAACUGGAGGAACCUCGUUGAUUCUAAAAUUGUCCCAAAGAUUGCUCAUCUUGAUCUUUCAGGAAAGCUUACUCAGAUAACAGAUUUUUCACCUGGAGGAACGUACGGGGACAUAUGCAAAGGUUGUUGCAGCAUUGACGAACAUGGAGUGGUGAGGGUGAUGAAGGUUGCCAUCAAGCGUCUGCGAUAUUAUAUGACAGGAGAUAACAUUAAGCAUUUAUUCGAAAAGGAGAUUUACGCUUGGAAAAGGCUUAAACACGACAAUAUUCUACAGCUGCUCGGAUUCGCUUUUGAUCAUGAAUACCCGCUGCUAGUAUCAGAAUGGAUGGAAUACGGUUCGGCACGGAAGUAUAUAGAAGACCACCAAGAUACUAACGUCAUGCAUUUGGUGGCUGGAAUUGCCCGUGGCCUUGCACAUAUGCAUGCACAAAACGUCAUUCAUGCUGAUCUCAAGCCAGACAAUAUCGUUAUCUCAUCUAUGGGGGAAGCUCUUAUAUGUGACUUUGGUUGUUCUCGUGCAAUAGAUGCAAGUCUAAGCCUUGCAGAACCCACUCUCGGACUCAAAGGAACUUGUCGUUACUUUGCCUAUGAACUUUUGCAACCAGAUUCAAAAGGACAUACCAAACAAACCGAUGUGUGGGCAUUUGGUGUAACUGCAUAUGAGCUCCUAGUAAGACAGCAUGCAUAUAAGGGCCUUACUUACUUGCAAACCGUAAUGGCAAUACAACAGGGUUGUUUGCCAUGUUCUUCUAGUCGUCCAAAUUCAUUUCCAAACAUAAAUCAGGAGGUUGGCAACUUGGUCAUGGAUAUCUGUCUAUUCUGCUGGAAACAUGACCCGCUCGAGCGACCUACUAUGAAUUUCCUUGCGUCAAAUCUGGACCAUUAUCUUCUCAUGCAAGAAAAGCCCUCUUCUCGCCGGAGAUUGACUGGGGCAGACGAAAGCGCCUUUCACGACCUCUCGGAGAAAGUCGUAACUGUCGAACGAGAGAAACGAGAACAAGACAAUGCAUUCAAUAAAGAACGGGAAGAAUAUAAAGCCGAGAUUACACGAUUAAAAUUGGAACUCCAGAAAUCCAGUGGUUUAGUUGACCAAGAACGUGAACGGGCAGAGAUUCUUACACAAGAGGUACAUUCUCUCAAAGCACAGAACGAAUCCGAGACAACUGCUUGUAGGAUCCUAGAACAGCAAGAUUCAGAACGACUUGCAGACGUUGAGGAGCUUCGAAGGGUUCAAGCCGAGGCUUUUACUGAAGCUAUUAAUAGUACACAUGCAGUGCAGACAUUGAAACGUGAACUGUUGCACAUUCGUGAUCAGCAUGAGGAAGUCAAGAAACUCGAGGCAACUCAUACGAAGAAGGUGGAGCAAUUACUCUCUACUCAGACUGAGGCAUUGCAGGGUCUUGCCGAGGCACGUGAGCGCGGAGAGGACUUACGCGCCCAGAUUGAGGCAGCACGAAAUGAAAAUGCAACUGCGAAACGUGCGUUUCGGGAGGUGAGUGAGCAGAGGGAACAGUUACUUCAUACACAAGCACUCGAGCAUGACCGGAUUAUGCGAGAUUGCAUUGCAGAGGCCGAUGGAGAUCGUGCCGCUCUUGAGCAUUGGCUUGUCGAGGCCCACGCACAACGUGAAGGACAUGAACGACAACUGAAGGAAGCUUGUGCUAGGAUUGAAUCGUUACAUGCUGAUGCUGUUGGCCUUCGAGAGGAACUUCAGAAAACGGAACGCGAGCUACAGGUGGCACGACAUGCCGGACGGGUUGGUAGGAAUGACUUGUGCGAGGGUCGAGCACCGCAGUCAGACUGUGAGCAAAAGGCUGCAGACCGCGAUCACCUUGUCGUCCAGAUACUGGAUGUUGCCGUUGCAUUCCGCGAUUGUCAUACAAAAGCUUUUGCCACUUUGCAAUCCGUUCCCGUCUACCCAGCAGUCACGCGAAACGACGUAAACCUAUCUGAGCCAGUUGUUCUGUCACCGCCCCAGUCGUCCACGUCCCCGCUGUGCGAAGAUGCUGUUCAAAUUGAUCCGAAAGAUCCUACGACCGCGCUGGAGAUUCUCCGGUCACACGAUUUAGAGUUAUUCUCGGAGACGGUUGCGAAAGUAGGGUCUAUUGUGCGCAGGUGGCAGAAGCAAUGUAAGGAGUAUCGUGAGCGUGCCAAGGGAAAGAUUACCUUCAGGAACUUCGCGAAGGGUGACCUUGCGCUGUUCUUGCCUACGCGAGGUUCGGUCUCGAGAUCAUGGGCAGCAUUCAAUGUGUUGUACCCCCAUCAUUUCCUUAAUGUAGAUGGACGUCUGGCCGAACACCUUAAACAUCGAGAAUGGCUCGUAGCACGUAUCACAUCCAUUAGUGAGAGGAUAGCUGACACAAAGGAUCCCACUGGCAAUCCGUAUGGGCUAGGAGACAGAAUGAAGUAUCACGUGCUCGAGGUCGAGGAGCCUUUGUUCCGGUGACAAUGAUAUAAACUGUACGAAAUCACUCUUGAAGCAGACUCAAGAACAAUUUGCAGAACAAUUGUACAGUUCUCUACCAGUUGAACAGCUUGUCAGUUUGCUUUUGGACAUCAAAGUGAAGAGUAAUGGUUCUGGUAUUGUGUUCAUUGUUAGAGUGCUAGACUUACUAGUAGUACUAUUAUUUGUGCCUCUAAC